UAGUCAGUUAGUUCCCUGGUGAACGUUGAGGCGUAAAGUUAGAAUUUGUUGGUGCGCGUCGCGCAGUCACUCGAUCAACGGCAAGUUCCCCGGUUUAAUAAUUGAGUAACAAAUUAAGUUGCGCUCACCUGCAGUGUUACUUGCUGUCGUGUCGUUUGAACCUCUCACUAGUUACCGACUACAAAUUUGCACGUGUUGUGCUGGUGCUUUUUCGGGUUGCAAAUUUGUCCACGUUAGCACCAGAGUUUCUUUGAACCGAAUCGUUCAAAUAGUGACCGGGGAAGUGAAGUGCAGUAGACAUACUCUAAGAUAUCUUAGAUCUUGGAGCCAAUCAAUUCAUAACCGGUAGAUUGGAGUUACGUGUCCUUGGAAUUCCAACCCUCUUCGAGCUCUAGCGAUCGAAGUGCAGUAACAGUUGUGAAGGUGGUCUAUAGUGAAUAAUUAAUCUCCAUCGUUUCGAUUUUGAAGGUGCAACGAAUCAACUGAAACGGUUCAAAGUGUAACAAGACACAUCUCUCGAAAUUCAUUCACAUAAUCGUCAAAUUCGAGCUCUAGUUGAUGGUGCACAGGCAGAGUGAAUCAGAGGAGAAAAAUAGAGAAUCCAAAAAUUUAUUGCCACGUUAAAUAAUUUACUCUACAAUAACUCGGACAGCGGCGUUGCGCGAUUGCUAGCUACAAAGCGUAGCGAAAAGAGAGGAAAAACCCCAAAAGUAACAACAAAAGUGAAAAAAAAACGCAAAGAAGAAGUUUAGCUCACAACAAGUGAAGCUGGUUUUUCGAUUAAAAAAAUCCGCCCCAAAGUGAAAAAAACGGAACGGUGUUAUAUUGAGGGUCUCCGUCGAAAACAAAAAAGUGUGGUGAGGUUACGGUGAUUUUUAGGAAAUCUCAACUAAGAGUCGCGAGGUGAAAAUGUACCCCCAAAGUGCAAUCAACCAACAGCGGAAUAAUCGGCAGCCGAUAGCGAUCCACUGUUGCUGUAGUUGUGGGGGUGGUGCAAUCGAGUGAUCACUGUUAAACUUCAAAUAGUAUUAUACUAAGUGAAAAAAAAUAGUUGUUUGGUGUAAUGUAAUAACGGAAAAGUUUGAUGACGGAAAAAACCCGAAACCUAUACACAAACCAAGAAUAGAAACAGGAACUGGGACUCAUAGCAGUGAAAAGCGAAGACACAGACAGGAAACAAAUUCCCCCCGAGAAGAUAACGCAACACAAGGGGAACACUUGAGCUUAUUCAAACCUAAAAGUCUGGUACAAGACAAACGGACGUAGGCGAUACGAAUCUGAUAAAAACAGAAGAAACCACUUGUUGUUUCAAAGCAGAGCAGUUCAGUGCAAUCAGUAAGGCGAAGGUGGAACAUCAACUAACGACGACUGAGACGACGACGGAAGAAAGCUGCAAAUCUCAUUCGAUAUUUGGUUUUUGGAUUGCCAGCAGCUGCCCUAGUCAUCAUCAAAAUGGAUAGCAUCAUGAGUGAUCUGUUGCUCAAUCCGGAGGAGUGGCCCUCCAACCCGGACGACUUUAUGGAUCUGUUCCAGCUGGACACGAACAUGUUGUUCAACGAUGGAACCCCGGGAGGAAGCAUGGGUGAACCGGAUUGCAUGAACGACAUAACGUCGAGUUUGAUCAACAAUCUGCAGAAUGGCUUCGGUAGUGGUUCGAGCGGGGGUGGGUCCAGUUUUGCCGAUAUCUGCGGUCCGCUGACCUUGGACGUGCCGGACCAGGCGAUGUCACCAAUUUCGUCCCUGGGAUCGGAUCAGGAAUUCCACGGGUUCCCGAGCAGCAAUGCGCCCUCGAUGGACGGUAGCGGUUAUGAGGAUGAUUUUAUGGUUUCCGAUUCGUCCGUUAAGAUGGAAACGGCCUCGCUGGAGCCGGCCGAGUCUCCCAAGGCCGAGUUGGGCGAGGCGAUGAAUGAGUUUAACGAGUUCGAAAGGAAUGCCCAGCAGCAGGCACUUUCGUCGGCCGCCUCCGAUAGUGGAUUAUCGAGCGAUCAUUUGGAUUUUGAUCAUCCAACGGACUACGAAGCCCUCAGCCCGGCGCUCUCAUCGCCAGGCCCAUCGAUCAGUGAACGGGGCGGACAAAACUCGCCACCGCGGUAUGUCAAGACGAUUUCGCAACCGGUUCAGAAACCGCAAACCAUUUCGUUGGUUCAACAAUCAACUUCGAACACCGUUACGGCUGCGGCCACAACUCUGGCUAAGGCCGGUAAAGUUUACCAAACGGUUAAGACCGUUUUCACCGGCCAGCAGCAGCCGAAAAAAAACGUGAUUACUCCGAAACAGGAGAUUACCGCAGGGUUGGUACUUAAGGAUCAAAUUCAAACUACCCAUCUGGCAAAUGGCAAGGAAGUGAAAAUUUAUCGAGUUAACCCGGCCCGUGGCAAUCAAGUGCUGAAUGUGGCCAAUGGAGCGAAUGCCAACAAAAAGGUGACGCUACAGUUGAAGAACGGAACCACUACUUCGGCCACGGUUACCGGAAAAACUACCAAUGGAACCGUUUUCUUGAACAACAAGAACGUCAUACUGACAUCGUCACCUGGUAAUGGAUCAACCGGGGUGCGAAAGAUUAUUCGAGUACAACAGCAGCAACAACAGAAUGGUCGCUCGAUUUUGGUUCCGGUUUCUAUUCAAGAUUUACGUACUAUCAAAAUUGUUAAUUCGGCCAAUUUGAAAACAAAGUCCGCUAACAUUAAACUGGCUGCCGCUAAUUUGCUUCAACAAUCUAAACAAGGUCUCGUUCAGAAGAACGUGGUCUUCAAAAAGGAACAGCUAGUGGUCGAUGAUAGCGAUGGUACCCAGGCCUCGGAUAACGAGAGCUUCGUGUUCGAAGACAUAAUGCAGCAAAGUAAUUCGGUAAUUGAACAGGUCGAGAGGCAUCAGCAGCAGCAGCAGUUGGUUAGCGACAGCGAUAAUGAGCAGGAUGGAGAC